AUGGUUGGCAAAAAGUCUGGAAAGGCCCUCAAAGAUGAGGGCCUGGAGAGGACGGAUAACAACAUGGAGUUGUCGAAUUGGCCUCAGAUCGCUCCGAUCAACCAAAAGAAUUACUACACUGACUAUCUCAAGAGGGACGAUCAGUACCUAGCAUUCAGACUACAAAAUGAAGAGGCGAGGAACAGAAUGGCAAAAACAGCCAAAGACCGGGACCGCGCUUUAGCCAUGGCGAAGGCGAACGACUUGGGCUUACCCGAAACAGAGGCUGACGGUGAUGGUGAUACAAAUAUGGAGGACGGCGCGGAGGAGACAACAGAAACAUUAGGCUCCAAGGUUAUUGUCGUUCAUAUCGGAAGCCAGAAUCUGCGCAUCGGCCUGGCCAGCGACGCACUGCCGAAGACAGUUCCUAUGGUGAUUGCACGAAAAUCGACCACAAGCGAGUCCGAAGACCAUGACGAGCCCCAUCCGAAACGAUUGAGAUUGGACGAUGAUUCUUUGAUGGAGCCUGAGAAAAUGCUUGGUCCAGAGUUCUCCUCGCAGUAUACCACGAUGGUCGCAGAACUCAAAGCGCAUAUGCGACAAAACAAGCGCAGGACUCUACCCAACUCGAAAGAGAUGGUUAUCAACUACAAUCGGAGAACGGUACCAGAGACCAUCCCGGAACACAAUGACCCGCUGCGUGUCGAAUGGACAGAUAUUGCCGGCGAAGCACCUGAAUAUAUUGUAGGGCAAGCAGCGCUCAGGAUACCUGACGACUCGAAACCCCGAUACAAACUCUACUGGCCGAUGCGAUACGGAUGGUGCAACGAAAGAGACUAUGAGAGCAAGAGACUCUUGUUCCUGGACAUCUCGCUCAUUCUGGAGGACACAAUCAAAAGCCAAUUGGGCCUGACCAGCAAGAAGGAAUGGCCUCAGUACUCAUGCGUUUUCGUUAUUCCUGACUUGUACGAGAAGACUUACGUUACCCAAAUCCUCGAGAUGUUGAUGAGGGAGUUUUCAUUCGCCCGUGUCUGCUUCAUCCAGGAGAGUUUAGCGGCCACCUUCGGUGCCGGAUUCACAUCAGCAUGCGUCGUCGACAUUGGCGCGCAAAAGACGUCCAUCUGUUGCGUGGAGGAAGGAAUGUGUAUUGAAAAUUCUCGCGUCAACCUAAAAUUUGGUGGAGCCGAUGUGACCGAGGCGUUCAUCAAGAUGAUGCUCUUCGACCACUUCCCAUACGCGGAGAUCAAUCUAUGGCGCCGCUACGACUUUUUGCUAGCCGAGGAGUUGAAAAAGAACGUCUGCACUUUGAACGAAGCAAGUGUGUCAGUGCAAGUGUUCGAUUUUCACCUUCGCAUUGCCGGUCAGGACACCCGGAAGUAUUCCUUCAAAGCGUACGAUGAAGUACAUCUCGCCCCGAUGGGGUACUUCCAACCCUCGAUAUUCGACCACUCACAGAAACUCGAAGGAAGAAGAAAAUUCAUCACGCGGUCGGUUGAUAUCUACGACGGUCAGCCGAAUGAUCCCACAUCGGGGGCCCAGUCUGAAAUUUUGACGGCCAUUGCCCCUCCUCCUGCCAAUGGCCAAGUGAAUGGUGAAUCCCAACCCUUCACGUUAGAUGUGCAGUCGACGCCAAGUCGCUCGCACCAAGUGAAUGCACUCAGCCGUGUCCAGGAGCUGGAUGCCACCCCCCGAUCUUCGGUUGCCGGGUCGCCUGCUCCGGAAGCGAUUGGUACUCCCCAAGCUGGGGGUGCCGGUACUCCACUCCCGAGUGGUCAGGGACAGAGCGCCUCGCAGCCUCGUGCACCUACUGUCGAAGAGCGAGAUGAUGUUCUUCCAGUCUUCCCAUUGGAUAAUGCGAUCCUCACAUCUAUUUCGCAUGCUGCUCGAUCCGAUGAGCGUAAGAUGCGAGACUUCCUCGGAGGGAUCAUGGUCGUAGGAGGCGGCAGUCUUGUCAACGGCUUCCACUCCUUCCUGGAAGAGCGUCUCCAGACUCUAAGACCCGGGUUUGCUAGCGAGAUCAUGGUCGGUACACCUCCGAGAGAUCUCGAUCCGCAAGUGGUAGUCUGGAAGGGCGCAAGCGUGUUUGUUCUCGCGCCGGUUAAUACCAGCAACGGAGGCCCAGACGGUUCUCUGGUUCCCGACUCUGAUAUCCCAUCGAUUGCGCUUCCCAGCCAAUUUUUCAGUCCACCUCUUACCGAUACGCGCUCGUCGGAGGCGGAUACUGAAACUGGGGCCGAGAUGUCGAAAUUAAAGGACAGCGGCUCCUCGGGGAGUUUCCACCAGGAGUACAUCGCGUCUUUGCGUUAUCGGAAUGAUCUGCCUCCGCCUGAUAUGCCGCCCAAGUUCCUCGAUAUUCCGCAUGAGGGUUUGGAGAGAUUUCUAACACCUGGUUUCGCAUCCAACUUGGCUCGACGUGAGGAGCCCAAUAUCGAUGUCGAUGCCGAGGGUGGUAUGCCGAUCGACCUCGUUGGUAUUCCGGGGCUUCAUUUGGGCGACGAGAGUGCUAUCAUGGCACCCGAAAACCCUCAACCGAUUGAUCCCGCCGACCUUCCGCUGCUCAUGACUUUAGACCAGCUCAAGAACCCCGCACCCAAGAACGCGAACGUCAGUUUCCUUCGUCGCACGCAAUAUAUCUCUGCCGGACUUCGCGCACCCGAUGGCCCCAAGGUUACACCUAUCAGAGCAAAGGCGCGUUCUUUCGACAAAGGCAAAUCACAGGAUGACCCGGUGUACAUCAAGAAAUACAUUCAAAAAGGUUUCGAUAUUGCUUAUCCGGAUAGCAGACAUGUUGGGGAGGAUACUCCGAGCAGAAUCAAGGGCCACACUCCUACCAAACUCGAGGUCGAUGCUUGGGCUCAUCCUGUUCACCCUGACAAUCCGAAGCUCAAGCCGGUCGGGUUUUACCCUCUGCUCCCUGAUCUACAAGGAUUCCCGGACCCGGGAGGAUUCGUUCAGUUCAAAUUCGACAAAGCGCCUGCCCAGGGUGUUUCAGGGAAACGGGACGAGCGCAUGGACGUUGCCAUUCUCCUUCCUUCCGCACCAGAAGAGCGAAUCUGUCAGGAACAUGCGACCAAAGCCGCUUUACACAAAUCGAAUCCUAACCUGUACCCUGAUCCCGGUCCGAUACCGUGGGAUUAUGACCUCUUCUUGCCCGAGAAGAAGGACUCGGCCAAGAAAGUCAUUGCGAGCUUGCGGCUUUCGAACCCGGAUCGCGACAGUGAAGACCUGUACACUCAUGAAGGAGCGGAUGACACGAAGUUCCAUCGUUACGAACGCAUGCGCACAUACGCCACUAGUGCUCAGACCCUCGGCAAUGACCAGAAGCAGCGCGAUGUAGCUCUGACCCUCUUCGAUCCAGCGGAGGCCAAGGAAGGACAGCAAUCGAAACAGAGAGGUGCAUACUACUAUCCUAUCCUCGGAAAGACCCGUCUGAAGCCCGAGCGGGCCCGUACCAUUGCACAGGCGGGUCUUGCUCCCACGCGCCCCAGGACAAAGGAGGACCAGGUAGACCAAAUCCAGGUCGUUGUCCGCGAUCCAGACGAGGCAGAGGUAUACAAACGCUCUCUACACCGAGCGGCCAUUGAUCCGAAAUUUGCGAAAACUCUCCCCCCGCCUCCCGAACCUGCUCCGGAGCAGGAACAUCCUGAGACCCAAUACUCCGACAGAGAAGAAGACGCGGCUGGUGAUCGCGAUCACCAGCCAAGCGCUGCAGAAGUGAGCGAAGAGGAAGACAGGAUGAGCGAUGAAUGA